AUCAAAUGCUAACCCUAAUUAUAUUUUUAACUCCCUGGAUAAAGCACAGGGCCAAUUGAGACUCCACUCGUGUCUCACUCAAAAAUGCUAUCUACACUCCAUCAUCAUCCUCAACGUUCUCUCUCGCGCUUCUUACCUUCCAACACUAAGCCCUAUUCCUUUCAUACAAAACCCAUUUUCUCUUUCUCUUCCUCUUCCUCGCAACCCAUCACCCAACAACCCCCCACCUCCGGCACGUCACCACCAGAAUCCCAAAUCCUCUCCAUUCGCCAAUCCCUCCUCUCCCGCCAAGUCACCGCCACUCAGCUCGCUGAGUCCUACCUAACCCGUCUUAAACUCACCGAGCCUCAACUCAAGUCCUUCAUUCACCUCUCCAACAAUGUCUUGAAAGAAGCUCAAGCUAUUGAUGAAAAUAUUAGGAAAAAUGAAAACGUGGGACCCCUUGCUGGGGUUCUUGUUGGAGUCAAAGAUAAUAUGUGUACAAUGGAUAUGCCUUCCACUGCUGGGUCUAGGGUUUUGGAGAAUUAUUGUCCGCCUUUCGAUGCCACUGCCGUGAGGAAAGUCAAGGAAUUGGGGGGGAUUGUUGUGGGUAAGACCAAUCUGGAUGAGUUUGGAAUGGGCAGCACCACUGAAGCUUCUGCUUUUCAGGUGACAGCAAAUCCUUGGGAUGUUUCUCGGGUUCCAGGAGGAUCAUCUGGAGGCUCUGCAGCAGCUGUUUCUGCUAGGCAGUGUGUAGUAUCUCUGGGAAGUGACACUGGUGGAAGUGUAAGGCAGCCAGCUUCGUUUUGUGGUGUUGUUGGAUUGAAGCCAACAUAUGGUCGUGUCUCAAGAUUUGGACUUAUGGCAUAUGCAUCCUCACUUGAUGUUAUUGGAUGCUUUGGUUCAUCUGUUGCUGAUGCCGGAAUUCUUCUUAAUGCUAUAUCAGGUCAUGAUAGACUUGAUGCCACUAGCAGCAAGCAAGAAGUGCCUGAUUUCACAACUCAAUUUAUUUCUGCCACCCUUUUGGAAUCCAAACCAUUGAAAGGGUUGAGGGUUGGUAUAAUUCGUGAAACUCUUGAUAAUGGUGUUGAUACUGGAGUAAAAUCUGUGGUUCUUGGUGCUGUUUCUCAUCUGGAAGAAUUGGGAUGUACUUUGUCAGAGGUAUCAUUGCCAUCCUUCUCCCUUGGUUUACCAGCCUAUUAUAUUCUGGCUUCAUCCGAAGCUUCUUCCAACCUAUCACGUUAUGAUGGUGUCAGGUAUGGGAACCAAGUUGUUGCUGAUGAGCUGAAUGCACUAUAUGAAGAUUCUCGUGCUAAAGGAUUCGGUUCUGAGGUUAAAAUGAGAAUAUUGACGGGAACUUACGCCCUUUCAGCCGGAUACUAUGAUGCAUAUUACAAGCGUGCCCAGCAGGUGAGGACCUUAAUUCAGAAAAGCUUUAAGGCAGCUUUGGAUGAAAACGACAUUCUAAUUUCACCUGCUGCUCCAUCUGCUGCUUAUAAGAUUGGUGAGAAAAAGAAUGAUCCACUGUCAAUGUAUGCAGGGGAUAUUAUGACUGUAAACGUUAACUUGGCAGGGCUACCUGCAUUGGUUUUGCCAUGUGGGUUUGUGGAAGGCGGAUCUGCAGGCCUUCCUGUUGGUCUCCAAAUGAUUGGUAGAGCAUUUGAUGAGAGCUGUGCCUAGUCGGGGCCCUGUGGUGGGCUUCAAGUGUAUGGGGGCAAACCUUGUGCAAAGAGUUCCCACAUAGUUUGGGGGAUAGCUUGAGCAAAUGCAUAAUGGAUUGGGUGGAUUCUGUCGGAACCCUGAUUAUAUCCAUAAUUCCUAGUUGUCACUGAAAGGCCGCCAACGGAGUGAGUAAUGUUAUUGACAAAAUGAAUUGUAUCAUCAGAUAGACAAAUGAGCUAAUCUCAAGUUGAGCUACUGAGCUAAAACUAUAGCUCAAGAACAGCUCGGAUCAAAUAUACCCCUAAUUAUGGGUUGAUGACGAUUAUGUGUCUAAAGAUGUUAUUGAAUUUUUUUUAUAA